AUGUCGGAUAUUGAAGAAUCGAUUUUGUGGUUAGAAAAUUCAAACAAAAAUUUGCAUCAUUACGAAUAUUCAGACUUCAGAAAUUCAGAAUUUAUAGGAGAUGGAGCAUUUGGAAGUGUCAAGCUUGCAAAUUGGAAAGAUUCCGAUUGUUUGUUCGCUUUGAAAUCCUUUAAAGAAGAUAAAAUAUCUAUUAAAGAAGUUGUAAAUGAGAUAAAAUUACAUAUUGAGGUUAACGCGAAUAAAAAUAUUAUAAGAUUUUAUGGCAUAGCAAAGGAAAAAACUGAAGAUAUUAUAUUUAUUGAAGAGGAAUCCAGUGUUAAGUCAAGCGAAGAUACUUUUGAGUAUUUAUUGAUCGACCCAAAUAUA